CAAGGUGACACGCCGCGAUGUCAAUGCGCCAAUACGCUUAUCCUGGGUUUGGCGAAGCCACCCGUCUAAGCCACUGGUUUUCCCAAUCCGUUCGCACCGGCGAUUUCAUCCAUUGUGCCGGACAAGGUGGCUACCUUGACGAAAAAGGCACCCAGCCAAAAACCGUUGUAGAGCAGAUCGACCAGACCUUUGUCAACGUUGAAAAUGCUCUUACGGAUGCUGGUGGCAAGGGCUGGUCCCAGGUUUAUCGAGUCAAUUCGUUCCACGUUCAACUCGAUGAAGAAGCCCAAGAAGCGAUGGUUCGUAUUUUUAAGAAGUGGAUGCCUGACAACCAUCCCACGUGGACGUGUGUGCAGAUUGGACGUCUCGGUGGACCAAACAUGUGGGUUGAGAUUGAGGUGUCAGCAUAUGAUCCUGAAGGUGCAAAGGAGGCUGGCACAAGUCCUAUCUGCAGUUCUUAGUUAAAUCAAUAAACAAUGGAGUUCGUAUAUUGCCAGGAUAGUUAAUGCC